CUCGGAUAUGAAUUUAAUAGAUGAAGAUUAAUUAUAAUUACAGUUGAUUUUUAUGUUGUUGUUGACAUUAACAAUGUUUACAAGCGACAUCUUUCGUUUGUGAAAAAAACAAAUCCUUAAAAUCGGUACAGAAGUUUAUCAAUCAUUAUUUUGUGGGGAUUUGCUAUAUUGAGCUUGUCAGUUCGAGUUUGUUCAACAUCCAAUUUGUGUAUGUUUCUCUUCAUUGGAUUUUUCACCAGUGCGGUGACUGGUCAGAUGAUGACACGCGCCAUAUAGUUUCUAUUCUUAAAUUCAUGUAGUGGUUAAAUCUUGUUAUACAAGGAAAGAAAUUGUCACCAAACAAAAGUAAAGGCGUGAGAUUUUUCGAUUGUAGCAGACGACCUGAUUUUAAACAUUGCAAUAUGGUUAGCUCCACAAUGGCCUGAUACUUGUGCAGCUUUCUUUUUGAGAAAUUCCACGAGUGUUGAUUAUCGUACACCAGAAAAUGUCCAAAACUCUUCAAGUGAGAGGAGCAUCUCUGUUACGUGCGAUGGAGAAGUAUGAGAAUCUGGGACUGGUGGGGGAGGGGAGCUACGGCAUGGUCCUUAAGUGUCGCCACAAAGAGACAGGACAGCUUGUGGCCAUUAAAAAGUUCCUGGAGAGCGAAGAUGACAAAAUGGUCAAGAAGAUUGCUCUCAGAGAAGUCAGGAUGCUGAAGCAACUACGGCAUGACCAUCUAGUAAAUUUAAUAGAAGUGUUCAGAAGAAAGAAAAGACUGUACUUAGUGUUUGAAUUUGUUGAUCACACUGUGCUAGAUGAACUUGAAAAAUGUCCGAAUGGUUUAGAUGAAAAUACAGUCAGACGAAUCCUAUGGCAAGUUUUAAAGGGAACAGAAUUCUGCCAUUUACAUAAUAUCAUUCACAGAGACAUAAAACCAGAGAACAUAUUGGUUAGUAAGUCAGGGAUUGUGAAGUUAUGUGACUUUGGAUUCGCUAGGACUCUUGCACAACCAGGUGAAACCUACACGGAUUAUGUGGCAACCAGGUGGUACCGAGCUCCAGAACUUUUGGUAGGGGACACAAAAUAUGGAAGGGCUGUGGAUAUUUGGGCAAUAGGAUGCUUACUGGCAGAAAUGUUAACGGGAGAACCUCUGUUCCCCGGCGAUUCUGACAUAGACCAGCUGUACCAUAUUGUUAAGUGUUUUGGUAACCUCACUCCUAGACACAAAGAAGUCUUUCUCAGAAACCCACUCUUUGUUGGAAUGCGAUUACCAGAAGUUAGAGAAAUUUCACCCUUGGAAAAGAAAUUCACAAGGAUAUCUUCACAUUCAUUAGAAUUAAUGAAGCAAUGUUUACGACUUGACCCCGAUGAGCGACCCACAUGUACUCAACUUAUAAAGCACGACUUUUUCUCAAAGGAUGGCUUUGCUACAAGGUUUCAGAAUGACCUAAAACAGAGGAUAGAGCGUGAGAAUCAUGGCAACCCUCUUAAGACGGGGGACGACGAUGACAGCAAGGGUAACAAAAAGAAGAAGAAAACCGACAACAGUAAGGAGUCCAAAGCCACAGAGGAUAAAAAGAAAAAGGCACAAGAUAAUGAAAAGACAGUGAAAAAAGCAGCAAAUCCUAAUAAUGUUAUUGGAACAAAUAAUGUGUCUUUUCCCACACCAAGUAAUCAGAACAAAAGUAAAUCUGAUAACUCAGUGAAUGAGGUAAAGGUGGAUAUCAAAGACAAAAAGUCAGAUAGAAAUGAUAAAAAAGUGGAGGAAAAGUCCGAGAAAAAAUCAGGGGACAGCAAAGGAAAAUCAGAGGAAAUAAGUGAGAAAAAGGACAAUAAAAAGCACGAAGAUAGGAAGUCCAAUGACAAAGAGGACAAGAUAGAGGACAAAAAGUCUGAGGAUAAACAUUCAGAGUUAAAGGAGAAUGAGAGAGACAAAGAGAAUAAUAAGGAGAGCACAGUUUCAGCCAUGUCACCCUCCAGUAUUCCUCCCAUUAAUAAUUCAGGACACACAGUUCAUGUUUCCACACCUCCAUCAAUGCCUUCAAUCAGCAGACAGCCUCUAGUCAUUAGAUCCCAGUACUUAAGUCUUGCCAGUCCGACCAUGGGUCUCAAUACUGCAAACAAUAUAAGUCUGUCCAAUAUAAUGAGUUCUCCAUUUUGUGGUCCGCGUCCUCUGAGGGUUAGUGAUAAAAUGGUAAAGAAACCUCCCCCUAAUUUCAUUAAAAAGAACCAAGUCACCAGUCAUCACAGCACAACACUUAGUCCACAGCCCCUGCAGUCAGAGAGGAGUUUCUUGCAUGAUAAGGUGCAAGAAAAAAUGAAAGCCAAAAGUCCAGAUAAAAGGGAAAAGGAAUUUAUAAGCUUACCAGAGGUUAAAGGUGCUGAAGCUCAUCCCUCGAAACCCAAAAUGAAACAGGGUGUGACAGUGCAGAGGUCUUCUGUGGCCACGAUACCUCAUAUAACCAAUAUAGAUCCAUUUUCAGGGACACUGAGUGACUCUCAGAGUUCUGAUGGAAAAGAUGGCAAUCUUCCCAAUGUCUGACAUGAUGUGGGUCUCCCAGAAAUCCACUUCAAACACCCUUGCCUUACCUCUACAUAGCGUGAUUGUAUAAGAUGGUGAAUGUUAAGUGGACAGUAGGAUUUGUUUGUGUAACGACUUAUAUAUGUGUUUCUUUUUAUAUGGAGGAAAAUACCAUACUGUCUGUUGCUAGCAAGAGAGAAAGUGGGCGGUUUUGAAUACAUGUAUUGUACAGUAUUUUUAGUAGAAUUUGAGACAUACAGGAAUGUAGUGUAAGAUGUUUCCUACUAUUGGAUCAGAUAAGAUUUGUAAAAUAUCUAUAUACAUUUUUUGUUGAAUAGUCCUUUUGAUUGAAAAGUGCAAGAUUUUAUUGUGGCAGAUAAUGAAACAAUGGGACAAGUUUUCAUGGUGUGUAUUCCUCUAAAUUAUGGCUGAUGUACAGAAAUUGAGUAAAUUCAAGUAGCAUUAAUUUGUGUCUUAGACAGUGUACAUGUAUGAACAUUGAGAUUACAGUUAUUCCCAAUAUGAAAUAGUCAUAAUGAUAAUUGGUGCUGAAUAAAAAGAUCCAGUGAAUGUCUUUCUGAUUAAGUAUUAUUAGUACAUUUAGUAUGAAUUUAUUGCACCAAUGCACUCUUGUCCAAUGAAUAAUACUCACAUACUGAUACUUAGAUACAAGCAUACUUUAAUGCUCAUAAAGAAAUUACUUCCAUUGUAUCAGUAUUUUAAAAUCUUGCAGGUAUGAUGUCACAAAACUUAAUUUAUGGAUGCAAAAAAAAAAAAAAAAAGAAGAGAUAAAUACAAUAUUUGACAACUGAAAUUUAAUAUUUGUAUAAAUUGAACAUUUUUUCAAAGUAUUAUUAAUCCCUUGAAUUUUGUUUUGGAAAAGGGGAAGGGACUUUACAUAGGAGUAAAAAUUAUAUUAGGUGAAAGUGGACAAUAUCAUACUACGCAAUAAUUUAAUUGUUGGACAUUGCACACACUUCUCAAUAUUUACUGGUAUUUAGGCAGUUAGUUUAGCUAACAGUCUGAAAGUUUGUCCUUCCCUAUAGGUGUAGGGGCUCUUGAAUGAAAUCUAGUCAUGAACACAUUUAUGAUAUGUGAGCUAAUGAUUUCAUGAAAUAAGAGAAAAGUUCUUGUUAAACUGAGUAUUGUGCAAUUAAAUAGAAAUGGAUAUAUUUAUUGGUCUGAAUAUUUAACACUGCUUUUGCUCAGAAAUUUUCCUUUAAAAUUAUUUGUAAGUGAUACAAGAUGAAAAUUCUGGGUGUUUUUUUUUAAUUGCAUGUUACUUUUUUUUUUAUAGUAGGAAGUGUAUCUUGAAACUAUCAAUUCCCACCAUGCUUUUGGUUUUUAAAUGUUGAAGUAUUGAAUAUGUGUUAAUGAUAAUCUGCAACCUUAUUAAGGUUGUUCUAGACACUUUGCAGGAAUUCAUCAGCACAUAGGACUGUUCGACUGUGUAAACCAUAAUUCUGCUCCACUGUUUCAGUGUGUGAAAGAGAGAGUAAAUUUGUAUUGAAAUGUUGUAUAUAUUUAUUGUGUGUAUUUAUUCUAGGAAGGCACCACAUCAUGUGCCUUUUCUAAUCCCUACCAGAGCUUCAUAACUUGCAGUGUCCAAUGUGUUCCAAAGUAGUGUUAGUUGAGAAAUAUUCUUUCACACAUAGUUUUCUGCAUUUUUUACUUAAUGUCUCAUGGAUGCAAUUGAUUAGAAGUUUUUUCUUUGUACAAGGAAGUUUUUGUCCACUUGGCAUCAACUGAAUUAGAAUUUCUCAAUCAAUUUCAUGACAGAGUGCAUCUUAAAAUAGUCAAUACUUAAUAUCCAAUCUCCAAUUUGCUCUCUGAAUCUUGGAGUACACUGUGCAAAACUGAAACAUGGUGUAGAGUAAAUCAUCUCUAUGCAAAAAGAAAAAAACAAAAAGAAAAAAAAAAAGAAUCAAAUGCACAAUGUAUUGCUGUGUGACAUCAUAAAUUUUCACACACUUGCUCAACUUUCUCUCAUUGUGAUAUCCAUAUGAUAAAAGGCAUUUAUAUCCAUGUAUUCAGUAUUGUUUUCAGAAUGAAUUAAUAGUUCAGUAUUGAGACAUAUAUGAAUAUUUUUACACUUCAAUGAUUGUUAAAGGAUGUUGUUUUGUUACAUUUAUGUGUAUUUUCACUCUUCGGGUGCUUGUAUCAUACUUCAGAAAGUAAUAAAGAAGAAAAAUAAGCAUCUGGA